AUGGAGUGGACACCGAUGGAAAUCAACCCCGAGGUGCUGAACAAGUUGAUGAGUAAAGUUGGCGUGGGUGAGGGCUGGCGCUUUGUCGACGUCCUCGGAUUGGAAGCUGAACAAUUAUCCGCCGUUCCGAAGCCCUGCUGUGCCUUGAUGCUGCUCUUUCCCAUCACACAGGAGCACGAUUCUUUCAGACAACAACAGGUGGACAAAGUGGUGCGGAGUUCCGACGCUUACUUCCUCAAGCAGACGGCCACCAAUUCCUGCGGCACCAUCGCUUUGCUGCACGCUUUGGGAAACAACCAAAGCAAACUCACCUUCGAGCGUACUUCUGUGCUGAAGAAGUUUCUGGAUGAAACUGCCAAGAUGUCUGCUGACGACAGAGCCAAACAUCUGGACAAGAAUCAGGCAAUUCACGAUGCUCACAAUGAAGUAGCUGCACAGGGACAGUGUAGGCCAGAAGCAGAUAAAGUCAACUUCCAUUUUAUUGCCUUUGUCAAUGUGAAUGGGCAACUCCUUGAAUUUGACGGGAAGAUGAACGGCCCACUGAACCACGGAUCCACCAAAGAUGAAACGCUGGUAAUGGAUGCCGCCAAAGUGUGCCGAGGCUUCGUGGAGCGAGGACAAGGCGAAGUCCGCUUUUCGGCCGUGGCGCUGUGUCGCGGUUAA